GUGCGUGUCAAGCCCUCUUGUGAGUAAAUCCUGGCUUGAGCUCGAGCGCGCUGUGCUCUGCGAUCGAUUAGCUCGUCUGUGCAGAAGUAGACAGGAGCAAGCUAGACGGAUUGGCAAAGUCGGAACGAGUGUGAUUAAAAAACACAAACAAAAUACAGAAUCAGAAAUACGACCAGCUCCAAGCUGUCAAAUUGACUUGACAAGCGGUGCAUCAUUGUCUUCGAUUAACUUAUUGGGAUAGACAAGGGAUCAAAAGAGUUGGUCUGCAGAUACAUUGUGAAGAUCUGGAGGAGGAAUGACCUGUUGGAUUUGUGACUGCAGGAUUUUAAAAGACCCGAGAUCUCCCAACAUGCAGUAAUACAAUCUGGAGUACACCUGUUGUUUCACAUUAUUGAAUGUUCAAGGUUUGCUUGCACCUGGACGCUUUUGUUUUGGUUUUGCUGAAUUGCCAAUGCACGGUUCACCAUUUUUAACAGGAAUCUGUGCACUUUGGCUUCAAUUUACUCACCUCUGGAAGCUACUUUGAAUUUGAUGAACUGGAAGGUUGGAAGUGUUGUUAGAGGUCAAAUCAUAUUUACCUUAAAUUUUUUCGGUAGCCUAACGUGAUAUUGGUUCACCAGCCAUUUAUCAGCCAUGUGGGGCGAGAAUUAAAGAUGUCAAGUUUUCAUUGUUUGGUUUACUGAAUCACCUGAAGUAUGAGCUGUUGAAAGUUAAAACAAUUCUCAUGACUUUAUAAUAUAAAGCACUUCUAGCUAUUGUGAUGUGACAAAUCAGCCCCCCUCCCCUUUUCGCCCUGACGUAGCACCUUCACUGUUUUGAUGAGGUGAACAUAUUCAGAUCACCACUUUGCGCAAAACAGCUUUGUGUGGUACAAACCCACUCUCCGUUUUUUUGUUGCUGUGUGUGUCUUCAGUCCAAAAUGAGUUCGUAAAGGAGCUUCUGAGUGUCAGAGCAGGCACAACGUGCUGCUACCACAAGAACCCAGAAUAAGAGACUGGAAAGUCCAAGACUCAAACAGAGUUUCAUUUCAAAACCCCUUGGAUUUGCUUCAUUUGUAUCCAGUUGACCUGAAUGCACACAGUCAUCAUCUGUGAACUAAGGGUGUUGUGUAGAGUCACUCUGGCAUUACUGAUCAAACAUAUCCGCUAUUCUUCCAAAACUACACGCCACUGAUUAAGAACAACACGUCUGCAUCUCUUCCAUCACCUAACAGUUUCACCUUGAGCUGCACAAGUUUCACUUCCAUCUUUUUCUUUGCACCAUCCUGGAAACUGGAGUUUGCCUGUGACAGGAGUAGCGGUUGUCCUGAGGCUUCAAAGCCCGUGAAAGUGCAUUGGUUGGGCCCUCUACACAGAUACAGCCAAGGACAGGGUCAUCGAGCCUUUGUCUCUGGGUUCAGGCCAUGAGGUUUGAUGCCUCCAUCCACUGACGGGAGACACUGGACCUAAAUGGCGCAGCAUGACUUUGUUCCUGCCUGGCUUAACUUCUCCACGCCUCAGCCCGCCAAGUCCCCUGCUGCCCCCCUUGAGAAGCAUGGAGAGCACUUUCCCCGCGGAGACAGCCGGCCGGGAGUAAACCGCCGCAGGCACAACUCUUCCGAUGGCUUUUUCAACAAUGACCCACUAAGGGCACCUGGAGGUGAUGGGUGGCAACAGCCAUCUCUGUUGAGGCAUGACUCUGUAGACUCUGGUGUUGCGAAGGGGAGUCAGGGGGGAUUGGGAGGCGGACCAGGGUGGAAGGAGACCCCCAGCUGGCAUGGGGCACAGAGAGGCCAGGAAGGUCCUCACCACCACCAUGCUCGGCAUAUCAAACGUGGUGGAGGCGAGAGGGACAGACAAGGGGGUCACCGACAGCGCAAUGGAAACUUUCAUCCACGCAAAGGUGGCCCAUAUCAGGACAGAUAUUCUGAUGAGGAACGCAAUGAUGACAAACUCAAGUUUGUUGAUGAGGACUUUCCCUCCUUGAACCCUGAGACAACUGGAAAGCCAGCCAAUCAGCCUCGUGCUGUCGGUACUCCAGCAGGAGUAUGGGAGAACCCCCCUAGUGCUAAGCAGGUUAUGUCUAAGAUGCUGGUCAUUAAGAAAGUGUCUAAGGAGGAUCCCAGUGCUGCAUUUUCAGCUGGUUUUGCCAGUACUGGCCCUCUUCCCGCCAAUGGUUCUAAAGUCCCCAUCACUGGACCCAGCCCGCCUUCCAGCACUACCCCUCCAAUAGACAUCACCCCCUCACGGCUAAAGCUGAUGCGGCGCAGCACAGACCGUAAGAGUGAGUUCCUGCGUGGGCUAAAGGAUGAGAGAAAUGGGGAUGUGAGUGACUGCCACAGCCCAGGAGCUCCAACAGAGGGAGAGGGAAGUACCCCAGAACCAAAAGAGUUUGGAGAGAGUCAUGAGAACGGCGUCUCCCACUCUCUCAGUGACUCAGACCCAGAGCACUUGUCCAGCUCUCUGGAGGCGGAACACAGGUUGCUGAAGGCAAUGGGAUGGCAAGAAUACCCAGAAAAUGAUGAAAACUUCCAGCCCCUCACUGAGGAUGAACUCAAAGAGUUUCAAGCUAAAACUGAACAGAUGAAGAAGAUUGGUCUGGGACGUAACGGUGUGCUCUUGAAGCCACGUAGUGUGGCCCUGCUAAACUGGAGGAACACCCCUAACCCUGGCCUGGAAGAGGGCUCUGAGUCUGAGACGAGCAGUAGCAGCCAGACCUCCGAUGAUGAGGAUACCUAAUGUGGCUUUAAACACCCCUCCCACAUUUCCCUUUCUCUCUUUACCUUAAUCUGUCUCCUCCAUCACACCCAUUUAUUUCAAACUAAAAGAAGAAGAGAGAAAAGAUUAUUUUCAUGGACAAGGAACAUCGGUCAUAUCCCAGGCGGAGAGAAAAAUAAUUCACUUGUCAGCUCAUAGGCAGUGUCUUUCUGUUAGAUUUUUUGCCCCCUCUCUCCUUGUCUGCUUUUUGUUAUUUCUGCUGAACUAGAAAUGUCAAAGAAAGCCACACACACCCUCCACCAUAUCUUUUUUGUUUUUGCUUGGGGGAAAAAAUUAUAAUAACACCAAUUAUAACCGUGAUUUAACGUGAAAUAUGACAUUAUCUGAAUGUUCUAUAAAAUGGCUUUGACACCUUUCUAAAAAAUAUUUUUUCCUUUCCGCGAAAACAAUUCGUAGCAUUAGUGUUAAGAUGAAACAAUCAUUGUGAGCCGCUGACUGCGACAUUGCUCCCAGUCCCUCAUAGAAAUGAACUCAAGCCAGUCAUCCCUGCAGCAAGGAGGAACUAAAGCAACACUGAAUGGACUGUCACAUGCAGUCUGGCAGCUAGAACAUCAGUCCAUUUCUGGCUCCAUUUCCAGCAAACUGCUCAUUUUCACUCGUUUCAUUCUGCAGAAUCAUACUAAUAUACCUGAUUUCAUAUGUCUGUCAAGUACACGUGUGAGAAAACCUUAAAGGAUGUUUAAAAGUUAGAUUUGAAACCUAGCUUGCAGAAGAGUUUGUCAGGAACUGGUUUUUGAAUAAAGGUAAUGUUUGGAUGCAAGGGUCUAUGUUUUAUAUGUUGCGUUCUGGGAAGCCAGGCGAACAUACAGAUGUUCAGUUCACUGAGGUUGGGUUCUGUUUAGGAAAGGUUGAAGUUAAAAAAAUCACAAACAGACAGUUUUCUUUCAUGCCCAUAUAUGGUUUUGUUUUUUCUGGGUUUUUUCCUGAAUAACCUCAAUUUAAACCAUAUUGAAAUCCUGAACAUUUCAGUUACUCUUUAAAAAGCAUUUUCAUGCUUACAGAAAUAAUGCUGUGGCAAUCAUUUUCAAUAGCUUUACAUUCAUUGCAUGUAGAUUGAUAAGGGGUAUUCAAUAAACACAAGAAAGGUUUGAUGAUCUUAUUCCCUCACAAAACCCAAAUAAAAUCUACCCAAUGGAAUAGAAAGCAUUAAACAUUAUUGGGCUUAUGUAAUAUUUACAAUGCAGGAAUUGAUCCGAGCUGUCUAUGGUUUGUAAUGACUGUGAACUUUCUUUGAGCGAUUCGGUAAGAUGGCUUGCACGCUUUGUUCUGCUUUUUUUGUUCUUUAAACCGUUCAUUUUGGGCGCGGAGUUCUAUCCCUGCUGCUGGCAGUAAAGUAGAGAUCCAUCUCUAGAAGUUCUUUAUGUCAUGAGGGACUGCUGGUAUAAAUUGUGCAUCUCCUUUUUUUGUACCUUGUUUUUGCUGAUAGGGUAUAAAAAUAGCUUUAUUACAGAUUCAAGUUUCUUUUUUAAUUUUGGUACAGCUGUAAAAAAUUCCCACAUAGUUUUUUCUUUUUCUUGUUUUGUUUGCAUUAUGUUGUUUCUGCAGCCUUGAUAUUCAGGGUGGAUUGUAAAAAAUAUAAGAAUAAAAAAUUGUGAGUUUUGGAAGAUUAA